AUGUGGAUUAUAGUUGCAUUAGUCAUUUUGGAAAAACUAGGCUUUUUCAUUUAUUUUUAUACUCAUAAGCAAUAUGAUAAGUGGUAUUAUCAUAUCGCUUGGGAGAUAUUCCACUUUGAUCCAGAUAAUAUAUUCACAAAUGAAGUGAAAAAUGGUAACUUUAUUCCAAACUAAAACCAUCUCGUCAACAUUAACCAAAAUAAUAAUAACAUCAAUAAUGUUAACAACAUUCAAAAUAACAACAACAACAAUAAUAUAAACAAUAAUAACAACAAUAAUGUUAAUGCCUUAAUAGCCUAAAAUAAAAUAAUUAAUAAGUAUAAUUUAAAGAUUCCUCUUAAUUUAUUGGUUAGCGUGAUAUUUCACUAUGCGAUACUAAGCUACUUGCAAACUUCUGAUUAGCCUUACGAAAAGCAAAUGACUUAUAUGAUAAUCUCUCUUAUCUUGCUUUUUACUAAUCAAGUUCUGUUAUUUUAAAGACUUUACUUUAGAAACUUAAUAAAUUUGCAUUAAUAUCUUUAUAUGAUAGCUGAGGGACUUGCUUAUCAAUACACUUAGUUAUCUUUACUCGCAUUAAUUUAAGAAGUAGGCAACAAGUGGUAUGUAUAUAUAAUUGCUUUCAUAUUUGCUGCAGUUUCUCUUAGCAUGAUUUUAGAAAGAAAUACCCAUUUAUAUUUUACUGAGUCUCUUAUUUAUCUCAUGAUAAAUUAAGUUUUUGGACUUAGACUAGAAGCGGAAUUUUUAUAUUCUAAGCACAACGAUAGAUGCUAAAAAAUAUUUAGCUACAUACUUUAUGGUUUCUUUUCUAUAUUGUUUUGGGUUGCUCUGCUCUUACUAGUUUUAAUUUUUGGUAGUGACAAAAUGUACUAUCUAAAUUACUCUAUUCCCAUAGGAAUUUUAGCUGCAUGUUUCUUCUUUUUAUUUUAAAUAAUGGUCAUCGUUAGAUAUAUAUGGAAAUCUCCUCUACAAAUUACAAAAAUUGUAAGUAAACUUGAAGAAAUUGAGUAACUAAGGAAAGCUAUCAGUCCAAUUACUAAAAUAGUUAGUCUUUAAGUGAGUUUCAAUAAUAAUGACACCAUGGAGUAUCAAAAUAAAUUAGUAGAGGAAAUUACUAAGAAGAUACUCUUCAAAUAUAAGGAUAUAAUUUACCAUUUUGUUGUUUUUAACUAGCAGAAAGAACCUAUUUUGAAUUUAGAAUUCCUUUACGACUCUUAAAAAAUCAGGAUAGUAGGUGUCAGACUAAAUUUUGAAAAUAUUGCCCAACUCGAGUUAAUUUGCAACGAAAUUCAAAUUUAAAAAUUCAACUAUUUUGAUUUUGUAGUUAACAUGCAAAAUUUAGCAAGCAUAAAAAACUAGGCAAUACAAAAACUAAUUAAUUAUCCUUUGAUUUGUAUUAACAUCUCUAAAAUUUCUAAUAUCAUCAGAGGGGAUGAGUCUUUCUUAAAUUAUUGUAUAUACAUGAAAUAAGUAUUUUACUAGAUAAAAGCUACGCAGAUUCAUAUACAAAACCUUCUAAUUAACAAUCCUUAUAGCAUUUACUACGAUCUCUAUGAUGAUUUAAGAUUUCCAUUAAUAUAAAAAAUGGGUAAUCAUAAUAAUUUGUAAAUAAACAUUUGA